UGUGCGGAAUCGCUAAAGAUGGACAAUCUCGAGGUGGAGGAGAGGAUCAGGGAGCUGAAGGCGCUCCAGAUGCGCCAGGAUCUGGUCCGGGUAGAGAACACGAUGCUCACGGAACACCUUGCGCGUGUGGUGGUGUCUUGGAAAGGAAGCAUGGAACUCCACCUGGAGAAAGCCGCAGAGGAGCGUGAAAAUAAUGGAUCGGACUCGACUUCACGGAGCAGCCUAUCAUCCAGAGGCUCCUCUCCGAGCUCCGCGAGAAGUACCGUGAGGUUUACCGCGGCGGCGGGGCCAGCAGUAGCACCCGAGGCGCCAGUACCGAUGAGCAUGGAGGAGAAGUGUGAGAUUGCUGAAGAAGAAUGCCGGUUCCUGGAGCAACACCUUGACAAGAUGCGCAGUGAGAAUGAACGAGUUCUUGAUGACUACCGGGCGAUACUCAAGGAGGCAAAGAUGGCCAUCGCCGAAGUAAGGAAGGAAAAGUCCGACUUUUACAGAGAUGUUCUGCUGCUGGCGCAACUCAAUCCAGCUAACAAGUCGUAUUCACAAGACAUUCUCAGUUUUAUUGAAGAGAAGCUUCGAAAGCGGGUGGUGGUCAGGAACUCUAUCAAAGCGAAGAACAGCAGCUUACAGGCAGAAAUAACGGAGCUUGAAACUCAGUUUGCCUCUAAGAAGGACCUCAAGGACAUUCUGCACGUUGUGGAUUUCGACCAGAUCAAGAUUCUAAACCACGAGCUUAAUAGUCGUACGAGGGAACGAGAUAAUGGAAUACAAAGCCUCAAAAGUGUGAUGAAGGGCUCUAUGAAGGCUAUGAAUGAAACUCAAAAGGAGCUAACAAAUGCAUAUGAUAGAGGAAUUGAGCUCAAGAACUGCCUUCGGGAUCGAGUGCCGGUUAUAAAGUCUGCCAAGGACAACAUUGUCACAGAAAAAUCUCAAAGAAUGAAGCUCCACGAAGCUGUGUUAACCGCUAUCCAAGACCAAGACGGGCCUGUUCAGCCAACCGCUAUGGACUAUAUGCGGACACAAGACAAAGCUGGGAAGCUCUGGAAGGAUAUUAGGAGAUGGGAAGUCAAAGUGGAAGUCGCGACGCUUAUGUCUCAGGAACUCGAGAAGAGCUUGGCGUUCAUGCAGGGUGUCUCAGCUUAAAACUCAGGUUCGAAUCCUGCUGUUGACGAUGGUAAAACAAUUCCUCUUGUUACGUGACAUCUUUCUUCUGUCAAAGUGGAUGUUGCUGUACGAAAUGAUUCUGCCACUGACGUUUAUAUUCAAAGAAAGAUAUGUGACAGAGGACCGAGGAUGAUCUCAGCUGCCACUAUGUGACAAGAUUCCCGAGGUAAAGCUAUAUGCACCUUUGCUUUUCUUUCAUUCUAUUCGACCUACAGGAACAUCUAUACAUUAUCUUCACCCCAGGGGCCGCAAGAAAGCUCGAGGCACUCGCUCAGGCCGCUCUGGAAAAGAAUGAGCAGCAAAGGACGACUCCCAGCGAUCGUUGCCGCCGCCAUGUCGCUGACAGUGCUCGUAAGUUUCCAGAAACCACAGGCCUCGCUCGUGUUCGUUGCCGGCCAGGUGAUAACCAGAUGCAAUCCAUCGCUGGGAAGCUCCGACUGCUCCACGGACACUUGCUGCGGCCAGAAUGGCUACUGCACAGGCUCGAAUUGCUGCACGACUCGGAAGUGUCUCGAGUACUACGCUCCUCCAGGCUACUAUGACCGCGACUCUCACGACCACGAUCACGAUCAAAGCUUGUCGGGCAAGAAGAGCUUCGGAUGGUGGGUUCAAGCGGCUGCUGGGCUCACCGGCUUGAUCCUCAUCGUUAUACUCAUCUGCUGGUUCCUCUCGGUAAGCAAAGAGGCGGAUUUUCUAGAAAAAAAAAAGAAAAAUCUCUCUUUUCUUAAUCUUCGUCAUCUUUGUGUUCUUCCAGAAAUGCCUAUCAAAGUUCUGAUCAUGAUCACCCAAGUACUACCUUUUAACAUUGUAAAAAACAAAACGAUGAAGAACGUAGAAGAGAGAAAAAUAUUUCCCAAGUGAUGUUUCUUGUGUAAUAAUUGCUACAGUUACUUU